UGAGGGAAACUGUCGAAUGGAAAGUGUCUAUGGCUGGUCUACAACAGUUAGCUGAAACCGCUCAAAAGUGUAACAUGAGAAAAGUGUAAGAAAACUCUGAAGAAAAAAAGCAAGGAAUACAGAAAAUGUAUUGGAUGUAAAGAUUUUGAAUUAACUGGCAAACUGUGAUAUCCCAAUAUUCUUCCUAACUGAGACCAUUAUAUAGUUACUCUAGAUCUUUAAUAGAAAACAGUGUUAAAAUGGUUAAACUCAAUAAACGUCUAUUUCCUAUUAAGGCUCAUUAUUUCUUUUUUAUGGCGGCUAUGGGCCCCAUUUUACCCCAAUUGUCUGUGUGGGGCAAACAAAUUGGCAUAGCACCCGAGGUAAUGGGUUACAUUACCUCCAUAUUGCCCAUGAUGUAUAUUAUAGCAAAACCUUUGUUUGGUUUUGUGGCCGAUUAUUUUACGCAUUUUCGUAAAUUAAUUUUUAUUGGCUUGAUUAUGGCCAUGACUUUGGCUUAUGCUGGUUUUUAUUUCGUGCCCCAGCCACAGUCAUCAUCUAUACCCUUGCAUGAAGCUUGGAAUGUGACAUUAAAUUUAAAGGAGUUGCCGGUUUGUAAUGAUGAGCUGUUAAGCCAAACGAAUUUGUGCAGCACUACCCACAAUGCCCAGUGCAAAGAUGAAAUCUCUAACUUCGAAGCCUUUUUCGUGGAUAUAUUUAAUCCAGCCAUUAACUAUCUAAAUCUAACAUCAAACUAUGAAAAAUCUACCUUGCAAUUGCAUGUAUGUGUGGGCGAAUCCUUUAACGCCACCAACAAUCUGACUUCCUUCAAUGGCACCUGCGACUUCCAAACUGAACUGCAAGCAAAGUGUCUUUAUACAUCAGCUGCCUUUUGGCUUUUUGUGUUAUUAAUGUGUGCGGGUACAAUUGGUUUCAAUGUCACCAAUUCCAUAUCGGAUGCCAUUUGUUUCGAUAUGUUGGGCGAUAGUGAGGAGGACAAGUAUGGAGCCCAGCGUGUUUGGGGUACCAUUGGAUUUGGUCUUACCGCCUUGGUGUCCGGCAUUGCAGUAGAUUAUUGGACUCUGGGUGAUGUGAAAAGUAUUGUGCCGGCCUUAAUUAUCAUGUUGGUAUUUAGUGGCUUUGAUUUAUUAAGUGUUUCCAAGCUGAAAUUGCCCAAGUUAUCCUCUUCAGAGUCCAUAUUCACAGAUGUCUGGGAACUGAUUAAACAGCCAGCCAUAACCACAUUUUUGGUCUUUGCCACCAUAGCUGGCAUUAUUGAUUCCUUCAUUAUUUAUUUCAUGUUUUGGCAUCUGGAAGAGGUGGCCGCCGAAACUGGUUUUAUGCAUCAAAUCAAAUUGAUUGAGGGUUGUGUAGUGGCGGCCGAAUGUUUGGCCGGUGAGGUGCCCUUCUUCUUUUACAGUGGCAAAAUCAUUAAGAAAUUGGGUUAUAUUCACUGUAUGAGCUUGUGUUUCUUUUUCUAUGCCGUGCGUCUGGCUCUAAUAUCCUGGAUACCCAAUCCCUGGUAUUUGGUGGGUGUGGAACUAUUCUUUCAGGGCUGCACUUAUGCCCUCUGCUACACUUGUAUUGUGGCCUAUGCCUCGGCAGUUGCUCCGCCCGGUACUUCAGCCACUGUACAAGGCCUUAUGGCCGGCAUGGAUGAUGGUUUGGGUUUUAGUAUUGGCUCUCUGAUCGGAGGUCUCUCUUUUAAGCGUUUCGGUGGUAGACGUAGUUUCAUGUAUUUCUCCAUAGUUGCCAUUUGUACUUGUAUUGCUCAUAUUCUGGUGAGACCUUCGUCUAGAAAACGUCAAUAUUUGCCUAAAGCCGGUUAUCAACUGCCAAAAGAUCAGGCAGCUGUGGCCUUGGAUCCAGUAACAGAAGAGGUUAAAGCGUAGUCUAGUUAUUUAGUGGUAUGUGACCAUGAUUUUGACAUAUGACAAUCAGUUGUAUAUUAUUUAUACAUAAGUUUCUGCAUAUCUUUUUGUUAUAUUCUUAUUAUUAUUAUGAAUACAGUUUUUAUGUAUUUUAUUCGAUGAAAAGUGUUCGUACAUAAGUAGUACGAUUAUAUAUUGUAAAUUAUUGUAAAUUGUGUAUAACAGUUUUGUAUUUGUAUUUUUUAUAUGUAAAAAUAAGAACAAAUAAAUUUUUUAAUAUGAA